CAUUCAGGAGGCAGAGGUGUGAAUCAAACAGUCCACACAUUCAUCCAGUUGGCUGGUGUAAAGAACAUCGAAGAACCCUGAUUACUCCUCCAGGCUAUUCGCAUGUGAAACACUUUUCCUGGGAUAAAUAUUUAGAAGAAACAAAUUCUUUACCUGCUCCUGCAAGAGCUUUCAAAGUGAAACCUCCACAUGGAUUCCAGAAAAAAAUGAAGCUUGAAGCUGUGGACAAAAGAAACCCACUGUUCAUCAGAGUAGCAACUGUGGCAGACACGGAUGAUCACCGGAUAAAAGUUCACUUUGAUGGCUGGAGCAGUUGCUAUGACUACUGGAUUGAUGCAGACUCUCCAGAUAUUCACCCUGUAGGCUGGUGUUCCAAGACUGGGCAUCCUCUUCAGGCUCCGCUAAGCCCUGCAGAAUUAAUGGAGCCAUCAGAGACUGGGGGAUGUCCAACUCUAGGCUGCAGGGGAGUUGGUCAUUUUAAAAAAUCGAGGUACCUGGGCACACAGAGUGGUGCCAAUUGUCCCUAUUCAGAAGUCAACUUGAGUAAAGACCGAAUCUUCCCAGACCGCCUGGGAAGUAAUGAGCUGACUCCAUCUUCUUUCUCAUACCCAAGAAGUAAAAGGACAGACACCAACGAAAGUUCCUCGUCUUCUGAAACCAGGGAACAGCAUGCCAAAAACGGCAAAGAAGAUUCUGAAAAGAAAAAAGAAAAUGAAGUAAAGAAAUCAGCCGAAGCCAAAGUUGUUCGGGAAGAGCCUACCCCUAGUGUACAGCAGACUCAGCCACCUCAGCAAGUGCAGCAAGUGCAGCAUGCUCAGCCACCUCAGCAGGCAGCGAAGGCUCCACAGGCUUCACAGGCAACACAGGCUCCACAGCCUCCACAGCCUCCACAGGCUCCACCAGCUCAGCAGACUCAGCAGACCCAGCAGGCCCAGCAGACUCCACAGGCUCAGCAGGCACAGCAAGCCCAGCAGGCUCAGCAAGCCCAGCAGGCCCAGCAAGCCCAGCAGACCCCACAGGCCCAGCAGCCUCAGCAGGCCCAGCAGGCCUCACAGGCCCAGCAGCCUCAGCAGGUUCAUCAGGCUCAGCAGACCCAGCAGCAGGCUCAGCGGCGGUCAGCUGUAUUUCUCUCCUUUAAGCCCCCAAUUCCAUGUCUGCCCUUGCGCUGGGAGCAGCAGAGCAAGCUUCUUCCAACUGUCGCUGGAAUUCCAGCCAGUAGAGUUUCCAAGUGGAGCACAGACGAGGUGUCAGAAUUCAUUCAGAGCUUACCUGGGUGUGAAGAACACGGAAAGGUGUUUAAGGAUGAACAAAUUGAUGGAGAAGCAUUUUUACUCAUGACUCAAACAGACAUUGUUAAAAUUAUGAGCAUUAAGCUGGGCCCGGCUCUCAAAAUUUUCAAUUCUAUUCUAAUGUUCAAAGCUGCGGAGAAGAAUUCCCACAAUGAACUGUGAAGACGGUGAAUUCUGGUACCAUCAGCUUCUGCUUUAUAGCUCAUUAUGUUCUUUCAAAGCACAAGGACAGCUCCAGCUCCCGAGUGAGAAGUCUUCAGAACUCACAGGAGCAGCACCCCAGGGCUCCAUCUGUCCCUCCAGCUGCAUACGCAUUCUUAGGAAAUGCCUGAGCUUCUUACCAGCA